CGAAAGCAAAGCAGCAUCUUCAGUCGCUCAUCUCGUCAGUGAACGGUUCUUUUUUUUUAAUAAGAUUUCGCGUAGUGUCAAAAUGAAAGGACUCGCCGUUGUUGCCGCUGUGCUGUUGUUCGUGUGCCUGGUUGCAAGCCAAAGCCACAACUAUUUCUGGGGAGCUCGGGAUCCUCGAGACGUGCUCCUUAACCGCACGAUCGCCGUACGAUCUGGAACGAUCCUGCAGGUUAAGUCUAUAGAUCUCGUGUACCCGCUGAAGGGCCAGCAGGGUCGGAACAUUUCCGCCAUCAGCGUGACCGACCAGUAUAUCAACGGUAAUGGCGGCUAUGCCAGCUUGUACGCCGGUGGAAUUGGUUUCAACUACACAACGGUGCACCUGAAAUCACAACGUGGCCACGGUUACAACUUUAUCGUGGAAAUUUACGGCCGCUAGCGAUAGCGAAUGAUACAACCAAGCAAACACCGGCUUUGGAUGAUGACACGGGACCAUCAAUCGGAUUUCGUUUUCUCUCGUGAUUUGAGAGAUUAAGCACUGCUACUGAGAUAGAGAGUUGAUAAAAAACGAACCAGAGACUUGGUACAUUUGUUGAAUAAAAAUGUGUAGAACACCAUAA